UUUUACAGAACGUGCAUGAUGUUUUGUCGUCAAUUCUGGAUUCUAGCUGCAAUUUGUGGAGGUUUCUUACUGCUGUAUUGUGCACUGCUUACAAAAUCAACCUUAAAUGCAUAUUCGUCUACAAGAAAGAAAUGUGAUGCUUAUCCUGCAUAUAAUAAAUAUGUGGCUGUAUCAUCUAAUACCUGUCCUUCAUUUGAAAAACAUAAAUCUGUGUCAAACCAUUCUGGACUAUCUAACCGGUGUGUAAGAUAUUUUUCUGUAUGGUUAGGGCCGUACGGAAGUUGGACCGAAUAUGCUGUGAUUGAGAAUCUUUUAAAAGACGCACAAGAUCAUAAAAGUACAAUUAAUAACAGUAGAAUUAUAUUGAGCAAAGAACAUCCCAGUUUUUUUCAAGAAUGUCCAGAUUUCACUUGUGACGUAGUCAUAAUAGGAAUGCAGUCAAUAGAAAAUCGCUCUGUUCUGGAACACAGCGAUGCCAUAUUUUUUAAUAUAAGGCCUAAAAUACAUAGAGAGAAAACACAUGAAUUUUUAGAACAAUCAGUCAAGGACCUGCCAUCUAACAUAAAAAUUAUUUUUUAUUCCAUGGAAAGUCCACUGAUGCUGAAUUACUUUGAUCCACAAAUUGACAGAAUCAAAUAUCAUAUUGACAUGACUUAUUUUUCUGACACUGAUGUACACCUUCCGUACGGUCGGUACAUUUUCGGAGAGCCGACAGACAGAGAAUUGAUUAACUAUGCCGAAAAUAAAACUGACCUUCUUGUGUGGGUUGCUUCCAACUGUAAAAAAACAUUUUGGCCCCGAAUGGACUGGGUGAAAAGUCUAGAGAAAUUGAUAACAUUUGAUACAUAUGGCAGAUGUGGUAGGAAUAUUGGCUGUCUUCCUCGACUGUCCCCAGAAUGCGCCAGGAAGCGAUCCCAUUAUAAAUUCAUUCUUGCCUUGGAGAAUUCACAAUGUGACGGAUAUGUGACCGAAAAGUUUUGGCUGAAUGGUGUCAUGAAUGGUAUAGUCCCAAUUGUUUAUGGAGGUAAACGUGCCGCUUAUGAGCACAUAGCUCCCCCCAAUUCCUUUAUCCACAUCGGUGACUUUUCCUCGCAGCAGGAACUUGUAAACUACCUCCUCAAAGUGGACAAGAAUGACAGUCUUUACAAUGAAUUCUUUGCCUGGCGGAGGCAAGGUCACAUUGAGAUAGUCUACCCUGAUUUGAAGCCUCAGUCUUUUUGCAAAGUCCUCCCAAAAUUGUCUGAAUCAACUCCUGUCAAGAGUGUCGGGGAUUCUAAUUAUUUUCAAAGUUGUAGAGGAGGUGCCAAAAGACCAUUUAGUGUGGAUGGGGACAUUGAAAGCUGGACACCAUGGAAAUAAACAAGGAAUCACGCUCUGAUCAGGUACACUUCAGAAUAUCAUUAUAAUAUAUUCAUGUGAGGAGUUAAGAAAGAAUUUUUUUUUCUCAAUGUAAAAUGUUUUUUUUUAUCUUGUUGUUGUUGCAGGAGUUUCUGCAUUUACUGUAUACCAAUAGCUGAAAUUAAUUUACAAUACAGAAAUAUAAUCAUAAUAUGGCAAAAUGUUAUAAUAGAGGAGUAAUAAUAGAGUUUGGACAUAUAAAUACAAUAUUGAAAUUUUAAACACCCUAGGGUAUUCAGCUGUAGGCGCAUACCCUCAUCCACUCCCCUCAGAUGCUCUCAACGGCCUCCCGCAGUCACCCUCGAGAGCAUCAUGACAUUUCCAGAGGCCACCACUGUAGAGCCCUGUGGUAUUCACACUUUAUGGUACAAACUUCAGAUGAUUUAGAAUUAAAAUUAACAUAUGGUCUUAUGUUGUAUAAAUAAUAAAAAAAAACUCUAAUUCUGUAGCUGUCUUUAAAUUGUAAUCUAUGGUAUUGAAUGCCUUCAAUACAUGUACUUGUACCUCAAAGGUGUGCUUUUUUUCAAUUGUGAAUCUCUUAUUUUGUUGUAUAAUUUUACAAUUGCAUGGUCAGCUGAUAGACUUUUCCUUCAGCCUUAUUACUUGGGAAUGAAUAAUUUAUUUGUGUCCAGAAAAGAAUACAGUAGUUUCUAAACAAAUAUUUGAAUUUUUUUAAUAUGCUGGGUAAUAAUGUAAAAAGCGCUUUGAUAGAGCAUGGACCUACAUUUUGCCUGUGUUUUGCACUGUACAAAAAUGUUACAUUUUAGUACUAUUAUUAUAGUGAUCUAUUAUGGCAUUUAGCAAUCUGGCAAGGGUCUUCAAUUUUGUAAAUGGGACAUGUUUUUGAAAUUUCUAGUUGAUCCCACAAAACUCCAUUUGAUAGAGUUUAAUUGAAAAUAUGUGAAAGCGGAGAAGCCAUUAAAAUAAAUUAUAUGUCAAGGCAAAUGUACACUGAUACAGGUUUAAAAGAUCAAACAGUUUCUAAAAUGUCAUGAAUAUUGGUAGGAUUAAAAGGGAAUCCAAACUUAGUAAAAACUUGUUUUUAGAGAAAAAGAAAAAUCAGAAAUGUUGAUAGGUGAAUGUUUGAACAAUAUCGGACAAACAAUAAGAAAUUUUUAGAAGUUGUAAAAAUUGGUAAUCAUGCUCAUGAAGACUUCAAAUUGGCCACAUAUGUGAUGUCAUAGUGAUAUAAUAAUGGCAAGGACUACUCUUCCGUGUACUCCAAUAUAUAAUAUGGCUAAAAUAUCAUUUUUUUUUCAAAAGUUUUACUUCAAAUUACAUUUUUCUUUCAUGAGGACAUAAAACAAUCUACUAACUGGGUUAUAUUUAGAUUAUUGCCCCAGGGGAAUUGGUACUUAGGAGAAAACCACAAAUCCCUGAUAAUUAAGUACAUGGGCUAUGGGAAAGUUGUCCUUGCCCUUUGUCAUAAUUUACUUACACAGUUGCCAAUUAAAUCUACAUAGUCUUAGGGAUCUCAAUCUUAAAGGAGCCAUAACUUUCUUAUUGCCUGUCCAAUUUCUUUCAAACUUUCAUCAUUCUGUUUUAUUUAUUUUUCUCCUUUUCAACAACAAGGCAGGAUUCCCCUUUUAAGAAAUAAGGAACAUUUGGCAUGCUUACCUAAAUAUGUAGAAAAGUUGUUUGCAUUUUAUGCAUGUACAAUUUUAGAUGCAAUUAGGGUUAGGGCCCGGGGGGGGGGGGGCACUCAGUAUAUAAUGCAUAGUGGGUACAUGUAUGUGCCGCGGAGGGGACCCCCAUUUUUACACUCAAAUUUCCGUUCCAAGGCAUAGCAUUUUUGUCUUAUUGAGAAAAAGAACAAAGAAAGCCGCUCCAAGGCAUAGCAUUUCCUUCUUAUCGAGAAAAAAGAAGAAAGAAAUCCGCUCCAAAGCUUCGCAUAUUUUUCGUUACGCCGUUCCGGUCGCGUUGAUUUGCUACAAUUUUGGUGAAAAGCGGCCGUAGAGCGCUUUUCGACCAUCGCCUAUAAGCGCGAGCGCACCCGGCGGAGGCCGCGCUAUAGCUGCGUCAUGCACGAUUGCCCGUUCCAUAUAGGGAUGCAUACGCACUCACAGAGAUACGGAGAUCCGUUCCGAGGACCCCCGUUUCACAAACAUUUGUAGUUCCGAAGCCCGUUCCGAGGACCCUCCUUUUUACAAUAAGCCCGCUCCAAGGCCCCCGUUUUUUGCCUCGCCCGCGGCACACCCCUACCACUUUUUUGGUCGAGUGCCCCCCCCGGGGGUUAGGGCCAAGUUUUGUUAACUAGAUCCAUAAACUUUCUAAGUUAUGAUGGUAAUUCCACAAAGACCCCCAACAUGGUCUAAGUUCAUUAACCCUAAAUGACCUUUGACCUUGGUCAUGUGACCUCAAACAUCUUCCCAGCCCCCUGGACUCAAAUCAGUUUUAAUAGACCAUUGAAUGACAUUUGGGAUUUUUUCUGACAUAUUCAUGGAUCAUAUUUUUUUUAAAAUCAAUAUUUCAGUAAUGAAAUGACAUUAUUAUAUCAUCAUCAUCAUCGUCAUCAUCAAUCAUCAUCAUUAUUACUACUACUUAUACUGUGCUUUUCCCAAUUGGCCCAACAUGAUUACAAUGAACUAAUUGAGUGGAACUAUUUAAUCUUAAAACUACGAAAGAGAUGGAUUUUUAAUUCCUUUUUGAAAAUUGCUAGUGUUGGAAACUGUCUACAUGUAAUAUAGCGAAUCAUUCCAGCAUUUUGAAGAUGUAAAGUUCUAUUGUUAAUGUAUGAGUUAAUGGGCCGUAUGCAUAAAGACAAGCAAUUGCUUAUAAGCAAAUGCUUUAAGCAAAAGCAAGAGCUGGUCAAGCAAAAGGGCAAGUUCAAGCAAUUGCUUAAAUUCGUAUGCACAAGCUUUUGCUUGUGCUGAAACCUUUUGCUUGCACUGCCUAAGCAAUUGCUUAUGUGUUGGACAAAGGAUCGUUACGGUUGUGCGAACAUCGCACAGUAGGACAACGACGCUUCGUUCCCGACCUGGCAGAAGUAUUUUUUAUUACGCAAAUAGGGGGAAAACAGCGCAGAGCAUCAGGGGGGUUUCUGUGUAGAUCGAUGGACAAAAAUUGCCGUAAAAAGUCUAAAAUAACAGGAAUUUGAUUAGAUAUGAAAUCACAACAUAACCUCUGGAAUAUGGAGCUUGAAACGGUAUGAAAAUUUAAUCCUUAAACGAGAAUGCCAUGAGUAAGCAAGAGCUCAAGCUGGUCUGGAGGUGCUUGAAAAAACGCAAGCAAUUGCUUAUCAAGACAAGUAAAAGGUUUAUUUUAUGCAUACGGUUUUAAGCAAUUGCUUGAUCUUUAAGCAAUUGCUUGCGGACAUCAAGCAAUUGCUUGUGCUUGCUAGCAAAAGCAUUUGCUUGCAAGCAAUUGCUUAUGUUUAUGCAUACGGAUUCAAGUAAACGGCUAGCACAAGCAAUUGCUACUUUUUAUGCAUACGGCCCAAUGAUACAAAGAGGGUCACCAGUGACCAAAGCGCUCUUACAGUAAAACCAUUACUUAAAUACUCUGAAGCCUGUUUAUUGAAUGUUUUGUAGAUAAUCAAGAUAAUGGUGAUAAUAAUAACAAUGUUUAAUAAUUUGUCAGUUUCCAGGGAGUCUGUAUCCUCAUCUCUACUUUCCCUUAUUUGUGCUUGCUUCAAUCACUAUGGCCUGUAUUCUGAAGUCAGGUUUAACUUCAACUCAGGUUUAAAGUUGUGGUUUAAGUAUGGAAAGCCAAAAGUAUCGAAUUUUUUAUUAAGUUGUAUGUAUCUUAUGUUUACUGUGCUCUUUCCUGAUUCAUCAAUGGUGAAGACAAUCAUCUAUUUUACUUCCUACACAAUUAUGAAUGAUUUGAGAGCUGAAUGAGCUGAAAUAUGAUAUCUCUAUUUUAAUGUGAUUUAUGUGACAAUUGCCUAUCCAUACUUAAACCACAACUUUAAACUGGAGUUUAAGUUAAACCUGACUUCAGAAUACGGACCUAUGUAACUUACAUUUUAGUGACCAUUGUUAAAGGACAAGUCCACCCCAACAAAAAGUUAAUUUGAAUAAAAAGAGAAAAAUCCAACAAGCAUAACACUGAAAAUUUCAUCAGAAUUGGAUGUAAAAUAAGAAAGUUAUGACAUUUUAAAAUUUUGCUUAAUUUCACAAAACAAUUAUAUGCACAUCCUGGUCGGUAUGCAAGUGAGGAGACCGAUGACGCCAUCCAUUCACUAUUUAUUUUUUAUUUUAUUAUAUGAAAUAUGAUAUAUUCUAAUUCUAAACAUCGAUUAAUUCCUCCUUGAUCAUGUGGAAUUAACAUUGCGUAAUACUUUAUAUUUCAGUCAAGUUGGUCCCUAUUGUCAAAUUUGCAAAAAAUGAAAUAUUGUCUAAUUCAAACAAUAAAAAACAAACUAGAUUUUAAUUCGUCAUGCGGACAAAUUAGGUGGUCUGUCCUUAUUCUCGCCAUCAUGAUCACUAUUACCAUGCUCAUGCAGAUCAAUAUGAUCUUCAUGAUGACAACGGAAUGGUCAUUAUGGAUGGAAUACUUCUGUAAGACGGGAGAUGAUAAAGCACUGUGAAAAGGGUCUCUUUGAUAUAUGAAAAUACAUGUGAUAUGAAAAAAGUAAUUAUAAUCUGUUUUAUCUUGCUAAAUUUUAACUUUCAUACCUUUUAAUUAUCAUAAAGUAUCAUGUACGAGGUGGUAAAAAGAAAAAAAAAAUGAAAAAAAAAUCAUCUUGUUCACCCCUAGGACUCGAACCUGCGCCCCCGAGAACUCAAGUCAAGUGCGUUAUCCAUUAAGCCACGAUAUUCCCCAUAGAGAUUAUACGUUCCCAUAGAGAUUACACGUAAGGAAAUUUGAGAAUUACAAAUCCAAUUUUGCAAGCGAAAAACGGGCAUGAUCUCGGCAUCUGAUAAAAAAAUGGAGGGCACACUUCCGAAAGCUUAGAAUCUCAGCUACUACAUGUAUGUAGUAAACGCUCAGAGAUAACUGACAAGAAAAAAUGGAGAUAUAGCUCACGAAAUUGAGGAAUGUAGAAUCUAGUUUUGUGAAAAAGUCAUGUCCCAUAGAGAUUACACGCAAUAUGAGGAAAAAUGACAUGCCUCUUUUCAUCGCUGUUUUACGCCAUGAUGCGUUUUUCAAAAUGAAACUUCAUGUUAAUUAAGGAGAAAGAGUACAUUCUAAACUACAACAUAUCGAAAUCUGGGCGAAAAACAAUCAAUAUUUACGGAGUUAUGAUCAAAUUUGCAUAAAUUUGAUGACGUCAUUUUUGAAAAAAAUGAAAUUUUCAGUUUAGGCGCAAUUUUGAUGACGUCAUGAUCAAAUUGAGGGACAAUGGUGACAUGAAAUCGAAUCUAUAACUCAUACUCUAUCGAUACAUGAAAAAAAAAUUUGGGGUCAACGGACUAUUUAAAGAGCUACAUUGAAUUUUCAAUAGACAUGUUUUUGCCCAUAUAUGGCCUGUAGUGAGAGCUCGCGCGCACACAUGCUGCAAACUUUAACGGGUGUUAAUUUCGUUAUUAAUGGUCGUAGAAGGUUGUUCAAUGUAUCAAAUUGCUCAGAAUUAUAUCAUCAAUGCAAUGAUGUAAAAAAAAAUGUGUUUCUGCGUUGCGUUAAGGAGUAACGCGCGGAAACGCGCGCGCAUACGUGCGCGCAAAUUUUUGAAAUGCUUAAAAUGACUUGAAACGUACCCAAAAAUUUUUAUAGACCAUUUAGAGAUUUUUUUUUGCUUUGACGCGCGCCAUGACCUUUACAUGACCUUUGAUGACCUUAACAGAUGACCUUUGACGUAAAGUUUAUAUCAUGUGAAUAUGGUUGAUUAUUGAUGAUCCGUUAUGUUAAUAUGAUCAAAUUGAGAAUUUUACAAAAUGGCGCGUAGAUGACGUCAUCGUGACCAGAUGACCUUGAAAAAAUUUGUGGACCGUGUCUAUGAUCGAUUCUAUAUAUGACAGAAAAAUCAGCCAAAUUGAUUUCACCAAUUCAGAGAAAAGUUGGCGACAAACAUAGGUGCUAAAAAUAAAUAAUAAAGAAAUAAAGAAAAUUCUGACGAAAUUAAGAGGUGAUCUGUCAUAGACAGACCACCUAAGUAGUCAGUGAGGGACAUCAUCGACUGUCUCAUUUGUAUGUCACUGAGUUGUGCAUAUCACUGUUCUGUGAAAAAUAAGCAAAGCUUUAAAAUUUCAUAAUUUUCUUAUUUUACAUCCGAUUUUGAUGAAACUAUCAGCGUUAUGCUAGUUUGAUUUUUCUCUGUUUAUUCAAAUCAACAUUUUUCUGUGGUGGACUUGACCUUUAAAUCUUUUCAUUCUUAAGGUUGCCUCUUAUUCUCUUUCCAGUUUCCACCUCUUGCUUUCCCUUUUCUUUUCACUUAUCUCUAUUUACUUCCCUUUUCUCAUCCUUUUCCUCUCCUCUCUCCUCUUUCAGUCCCCUUUUUCCACAUUAUUGACACCUAAGUUGUAGUAAUUAUGUUAUUGGCAUUUAUCUUACAUGUAUGAUACAAAUUUCUUUUUCAUCUGUAUGAAUCUGUAUUGUAUUUGAAUAAUUAGCUAUAAUGUUUACUCGAUAUUUUGUUAUGUUUCUAUUUUUACAUGUAACAGUUACACAUUUCAGUCUUUGACUGCUUGUGAAUGUAUUUUGAUAGUUUUAGCGAAAUAAAUCCAAUAUACAUGAAUAAUUUGAACAAUAUUCUCUGUUUCCAAGGAAGCUAGUGAAGUGAAUUAAAGAGUGGCUGGGAA